AUGCCUAUUAAAUAUGCUCUGAUUACAGAUGGUGUAAAUCUUUUAGGGGAUGGACCAAAGGAAGACUUGGAUCUUUCUAAACUCAUCAUGGAAAAGAUUGUGAGAAAGGUUUCAAAGGAUACCUUAGAAAAGAGAACACUUACCUCCGACGAAUUGGAAAUUCACUACAAGAAGAGUGGAGAAUAUAUUUAUUUCUGUGUAGCCUCAAAUGAUACUAAGAAGAGAGUUUGUUGGGCAUUCAUCGAUGAAGUGGAAGGAGCCUUCUCUCAAAGUAAUAAUAAGAGACAAGCAUCAGGAAAUAGAAAGAUUAUUAAAGCAAAGAUUGAUAAAUGGAAUGACCCAAAUGCUGAUAAGAUCACUGCCUUACAAGAUAAAUUAGAAACAGUUAAGGAAAGUAUGGUUGAAAAUAUUGAUAAAGUAUUGGAAAGAGGAGAAAAGUUUGAAACUCUCUAUGAAAAAUCAGAUGAAAUGCUCGUUGAAGCCAAUGAAUUCAAGAGAGGAACUGUUAAACUCAAAAAUAAGAUGAUUUGGAGAUUGAUUGUUAUCAUUGUCAUCAUUAUUAUCAUUUUAAUUGUAAUUAUAAUUAUUGCUAUUUUGGCUGGUUGUGGAUUCCCAACAUUUGAAAGAUGUGGAGUAUUUGUUAAUAAUUAUUGCUCAUCAAAACUUGGAUUAAUUUCCGAGCAAAGAAAUAAUUAUCAUACUACAUUUUGUAACUUAUUCCAUGCUGCUAAACCUUCCCAUGAGGAGCACAAGGCUCUCCAACAAGUUAAAUCACUAGAAUCUAAAUUUGAAGAAUUAUUACAGAAAAAGAUUUCCAAUGAAAAGUCAACAGUGACCAAUAAUUUAGAUGCUCAAAAUUUAGUACUCUCUACAAAUAAUUUAUAUGACCUGGUAUUGGAGCAUUGGGAUGAUGAGAGCAAGAGUUCUUCCGAAGAGGAAUUAACAAUUAUUUACAAGCUUGCUAAAUUGAAAGUUAGACUCUUACUUAGGGACUUCUACAAAUUGGAUGUCAGCCCAACUCAACUCUGUGAAGAAGUACUAGAGGAGUGUCAUAAAUUGGCUCAUGAGAGACCAUACCUGAUUGAAAUUAUUAAAGAGGAAUUGACUGAAAAGAAGGAAAUUGAAAAAUAUCAGAAGGGAGAUCCUUCAAUCGAGUUUCCAACUGUUGAAGGUUUUGACUUGGAAUCAAAAGAUAUCAAAUGGUUGAAAUAUUUUGUUUAUGAUAGGUUUAAAAACAAUAGAAUCGGAGCAAUCAGAACAAAAAAGACCAUCAUUUAUAAGGAAUUGGAAGAUUUGAUAGAUACUGGUCUCAACUCAUCUUUUGAGUUAGGACCUCAAGUAGCAAAAGAAGACUAUUUCAUUUUUGCAUUCUAUCAAGUAGUACAUUUCUUUAGUAGAAUGGAUGAGGAUUCAUUUGAAAAGAUUGAAAAGAUUGUUAGAGUGUGGGAUAAAUCUUGGAAGGAGGAAAUGAAGGACUUUACAUUCUUGGAUUGGGAAACUGGUGUACCAUUAAGAUUGGAUUCUUGUAUGACCACACUCAAAUCAUUUAUUGUUGGAUUCAAAGGAGAUGAUGAUGCAGAUCAUGAUAGAGCUAGAAAAUUAGCCCUUUCAGCCCAAAAGAUGGAUCCAAACAAUUUUUAUGUUUUCACUCUUGAUUUUGGAACUGAAGCUGACUCUUACAUGAAGAAUAUCUUAAAAACUGAAAGAAUUAUUUUGGAAAAGGGACAAGUUAAAUCGUUACAACAAUUGAGAUUCUUCCCUCUCCUUUAUAAUAAGGCUAAUAUUCUCUUUUCCACUGCUGCAAUGAUUCAAGAUCAGAAGAGAAUCAAAUUUGCUAAACAAGCUCUUGAUGCUCUCACUGUUUCCUUCAACAGUCUUCAUGUACCAAUGGAUCCAAGUGAAGUGCAAACUAUGGCCGAUUGUAAAUUCAUGAUGGGAGAUGCAGAGGCAGCUUUUAAACUUUACAUGGAGUUUUUCGAAGUUCAAUUCACCUCAGGUACACCUCACAUUGUGCACGCAGUUGAAGUUUGUUCAACAACUAUGGCUGCAUUUUCAUUGAGGGAUAAUGCAAUCACAUCACUUGAUAGAUAUUGCCGACUUUUGCCAGAAGAAUAUACCACCUCUCUCAAACUCCACCUAAUUUCUAUUCUAAUUGGAGUUAAUCAAGCAGUUACAAAAUCUACUCAAAUGCAACAAGCACCACCUCCUCAAACACCUCAAAAGCUCUACAAGGGAAACACUCUCAAAGAGGAAUUAGAGUGGUGCAAGAAGGAAAUGGUCAAAAUCAAGAAGAAUAAUCGAAACAUUCUCGAAUCAGACCCUGGAAUUAGACGUUUCUUUGAUGAUACACAAAAUGCAUUGGAAGAAAAGGUAGCCAAGUUAGGUAUUUCUGUACCCAAACUAAAGCCUACAUUGAAGGCUACAACAAGCAAAUUGCUUUUUGAAAAAAAGAAGAAAUAAUUAUUUCCAAACAAAUGCUUUAAAUUCAUUGUACUGUGCAGUUCAGAAUAUUGUAUCUGCAAUGCAGAAAUAGCAGAAAUAAAUUAUCAACACACAUGAAUUAAGGACG